UUAUUCGUUGGUGACUGAAGAAGGAACGUGAAAAAAAUCUAUCAUCGUUCUCGCGAUCCAAUGGAGGUAGUCAGCAGCCAUUGCUGCAGCUCUCGAUGCAUCUUCUUCUCCAGAAGCUCGUCACUUCCAAGGCUCGUUUUCUUCAGUCGCCGGGUUCCUUUUGGUCGAUCGCAGAGAUUCAACCAUUCUUCUUGUCGCAUCACUUGUACUGUUUCUGCUUCGGCUUCUUCCACCAUAGAGGAACAGCGGCAGAAGAAGGACGAUAGGUCGGGCAAGAAAGUGAUGUUGAAAUUGAGAUUGGAUCAUCAAGUUAAAUUUGGGGAGCAUGUCGCCAUUUUGGGGUCAAGCAAAGAAAUAGGAUCAUGGAAGAAGAAGGUGCCUCUCAUCUGGACAGAGAAGGGGUGGGUUUGUGAGCUGGAGCUGUCCGGAGGACAGGUGCUGGAGUAUAAGUUCGUGAUUGUCCGGAAAGAUGGGUCUCUCGCAUGGGAAUCUGGCGAAAACCGUGUUCUUCAGCUUCCAAAUUCUGGCAGUUUUUCUGUUGUCUGUCGCUGGGAUGCCACCAGAGAGCCCCUUGAUUUACCCCAGGAGGCUGGUAUUGAUGAUGAUCAUGAAGAUGAUGUUGGUGAGCAAGAUGAUCAUAUAGUGAACAAUGACGGCGUGCAGAUUGGGAAGAGCACAUUGGCUGGACAAUGGCAAGGCAAGGAUGCGUCUUUCAUGCGGUCCAAUGAGCAUCGCAACAGGGAAGUCGACCGAAUUUGGAACACCACUGGUCUUGAAGGGUCAGCUCUCAAGUUGGUGGAAGGUGAUCGAAAUGCUAGGAACUGGUGGCGAAAGCUUGAAGUAGUACGUGAACUUAUAGUUGGGAGUAUUGAGAGGGAAGAACGGCUGGAAGCUCUCUUGUACUCUGCCAUUUAUUUAAAGUGGAUAAAUACGGGCCAGAUUCCUUGCUUGGAAGAUGGAGGUCAUCAUCGUCCAAAUCGGCAUGCUGAGAUUUCCAGGUUUAUAUUCCGUGAAUUAGAGCGCAUUUGCUGCAAAGAUGCUUCAGCAGAGGAAGUACUUGUGGCUCGGAAAAUCCAUCCAUGCUUGCCAUCUUUUAAAGCGGAAUUCACUGCAUCUGUCCCUCUAACACGAAUUAGAGACAUUGCCCAUCGCGGUGAUAUUCCUCAUGAUCUCAAGCAAGAAAUCAAGCAUACCAUACAAAACAAGCUUCACCGAAAUGCUGGCCCAGAAGAUUUAAUUGCGACGGAAGCAAUGCUAGAAAGAAUUACCAAGAACCCAGGAGAAUACAACGAAGCCUUUGUGGAGCAGUUCAGAAUAUUCCAUAAUGAGCUUAAGGAUUUCUUCAAUGCUGGAAGCCUCACCGAGCAACUUGAUUCCAUUAGAGCAUCUAUGGAUGAUAGAGGUCUUUCUGCUCUUAAUUUGUUUUCAGAAUGCAAAAUGCGUCUUGACUCAUUGAGAGACUCGACUGAUGUCCCGGAGUUGAUCAAAAUGAUGCAUGCUCUGAAUUCUCUGAGAGACGCAAUUGUGAAGGGCCUUGAAAGUGGCUUGCGAAAUGAUGCUCCGGAUGCUGCCAUUGCAAUGCGACAGAAAUGGCGUCUCUGUGAGAUUGGCUUGGAGGACUACUUUUUUGUUCUCCUAAGCAGAUUCUUGAAUGCUCUUGAAAUCGUGGGAGGGUCUUGUCAACUUGCGGAAGAUGUGGAAUCAAAAAAUGUUGGCUCCUGGAAUGACCCACUUGAUGCUCUGAUUUUAGGCGUUCAUCAAGUAGGUUUAUCUGGUUGGAAGCGAGAAGAAUGUGCAGCUAUUGGGAAUGAGCUCAAAUCCUGGAAAGAGAGAGGUCUACUCGAAAAGGAAGGAGGAGAGGAUGGAAAAACCAUUUGGGCGAUGAGGCUGAAAGCUACGCUGGAUAGAGCACAUAGGUUAACCGCGGAAUAUUCUGAUGUACUUCUUCAAAUAUUUCCUCCUAGUGUUGAGAUUCUAGGAAGGGCUUUUGGGAUUCCAGAGAAUAGUGUCAAGACCUAUACAGAGGCUGAAAUUCGUGCUGGUGUAAUUUUCCAGGUCUCAAAGCUCUGUACUCUUCUUCUGAAAGCUGUUAGAAAUUCUCUCGGUUCUGAGGGCUGGGACGUCAUUGUCCCAGGAUCUACUUCUGGAACAUUAGUUCAGGUUGAAAGCAUCGUACCGGGAUCAUUGCCACCAACUGCAAAAGGUCCUAUCAUUCUUAUUGUCAACAAAGCCGAUGGAGAUGAGGAGGUAAGCACUGCUGGGAGCAACAUAACAGGAGUUAUACUUCUGCAGGAAUUGCCUCACUUAUCUCACCUCGGUGUAAGAGCACGUCAGGAAAAGGUUGUCUUUGUUACAUGUGACGAUGAUGAAAAGGUUGCGGAUAUACGUCGGCUUUUAGGAAAAUUUCUGAGGUUGGAAGCAUCUCCAAGCCACGUGAAUCUGAUACUCUCGUCUGAAGGUAGCGGUAUCCUCUCGAAUGUGAUAAAGGAUAAGGACAGUGACAGUUCCUCUACUGCCGAUGAAGAUUCACCUGCUGUGUCCUUGUCCGCAUCUACUCUCAUUUCCUCAGAUAAGGACUUAUCCGGUGGAGGAAUUAUAGCACUUGCAGAUGCAGAUCUGUUAACCUCUGGCGCGAAAGCCGCUGCGUGUGGCCAUCUGGCAUCUUUAGCUGCAGCUUCCGGUACGGUGUACAGUGAAGAAGGCGUGCCGACAUCGUUUCUAGUCCCAGCUGGUAUCGUCAUACCUUUCGGCACUAUGGAAUUGGCUAUAAAGCAAAGUAAUUCCGCAGAAAAGUUCGCGUCGCUGCUGGAACUGUUAGAAACUGCUAGACUGGAAGGUGGUGAACUCGAUGACAUAUGCAAUCAAAUCCAUGAAGUGGUCAUAUCCUUGCAAGUGCCCGAAGUCACGAUGAACGGCGUAGAAAAAGCUUUUCCAUUGGACGAACGUCUGAUCGUGCGUUCGAGCGCUAACGUCGAGGAUUUGGCCGGGAUGUCGGCUGCAGGGCUUUACGAGUCAAUCCCUAAUGUGAGCCCUUCCAACCCAUCUAUCUUCUCGAGGGCUGUGUGCCAAGUUUGGGCGUCUCUCUACACGAGAAGAGCCGUCCUGAGCCGUCGAGCUUCGGGUGUGCCACAGAAGGAAGCUAUGAUGGCCGUUCUGGUUCAAGAAAUGCUUUCUCCAGACCUCUCAUUCGUGCUCCACACUGUGAGCCCAUCAGACCCCGACAGCAACUUUCUCGAGGCUGAAAUUGCCCCUGGCUCAGGCGAGACCUUGGCAUCAGGCACAAGAGGAACGCCAUGGAGAAUCUCCUCGGGAAAAUUCGAUGGGGUCAUGAAUACGCUUGCGUUCGCGAAUUUCAGCGAGGAACUUCUGCUCUCGGGAGCCGGUCCUGCCGACGGGAAGCUCAUAUGCUUGACGGUAGAUUACAGCAAGAAACCGUUAACGGUGGACGCAAUGUUCAGACAGCAACUCGGACGGAGACUCGGUGCUGUCGGAUUCUAUCUCGAAAGGAACUUUGGCUGUGCACAAGACGUCGAAGGAUGCUUGGUCGGAACGGACAUCUACAUAGUUCAGUCGCGGCCACAGCCUCUGUAGUAACGAAAUAACGAAGACGAAGCCCGAGAUGCGGGAUCAGAUUCAGUCAAAAACAAGAUCUGUACCUGCUUCGUUUCCUUUGUAAUCUGUUGUCCGAAUCUGUUAGUAGAUGUCUUCAUGCGUGUGUGUUUAGUUAGAGCUGUCACAAAAGAUUUCAUUUUUAUAAAUGACUUACCAUAAGUUAGCCUUCCUUGUUA